AUAGAGAAGUUGGUAGCGUACCAGAGGGAGUUCCAUGCCCUGAAAGAGCGCCUCCGUGUGGCCGAGCACCGGACCCUGCAGCGCUCCUCAGAGCUCAACAACAUCCUGGAGCAGUUCAGACGGGCCAUCGCUGAGACUAACGGCAGUAAGGACGCUCUCGCCAACUUCUCAGGUACACACACCAUAUAUUUUACUAUCCUUGUGGGGAUCUAAAAUUGAUUUCCAUUACAACCCCCCCCCCCCCCCCCCCCAACUAUUCUACCAGUUGUAAUUUUAUGAUUCUCAACCAUUCUACCAGUUGUAAGUAUCAUUCUCAACCAUUCGACCAGUUGUAAAUAUCAUUCUCAACCAUUCUACCAUCUCCGAUUCCUUCCUGUAUGAUUAUGGCAGAUGAGACCCAGAAGCUGCUGAAGGAGCUAGCCAGUAGGAAGCCCCUUCAGGUGCCGAACAUCUACCACCACAUGCCUCACCUGCUCAACAAUGAGGGCAGCCUGCAACCCGCUGUCCAGGUGGGCAUGGGCCGCACCGGAGGUAAGAGAGACACACGCUCGCUCGCACACACAUUCCUAUUGUCAGCCCUGUCCUAGGCUAGUGUGUUACACGGCCUCCCAUCAGGACCUUUUGAGGUCAGUGUGUGUUUGUGACUUCAGGCAUAGUGGUGAGCGAUUAGUCUUGCUAUUGUAGCCCGGAGGCCAAUCUAGGCCCCAGUCUCACUCAGACCCCUAUUGUCCUACACAGCAUGGUCACUAUAUCACAUUCUCCUAAAGAGGUGUGUGUGUGUUAGACAGGGUUAGGAGGAUGAGCAGGGUCAAGGGCCGGUAAGUAAGGUGAGGAGAGUGUUAACAUGACUAAUUGGACUUCCCAGUGACUAGACAGGCUUUAGGGAGGACAUACAUGUUCUAAAGGGUGGAGGACACUAGCUGGCAGUUUGGAACAAACACACAACACUGUGUCUCUUGUAUCUCCUUUGUCUCAUCAAAGCCCAGUGACAUCAGUUUGAUGUUUGCCCAGACGGACUCUGAGACAAAGAAAGAGGAAGACAACAGUUUUUUGGUGUUAUGUGUGUAACAUGUGUGUCAUCUGUGGAUGCAGACAGGUCUUUUGAAGCCUUUUGAUAGCUCUUUGUCUGGUUUUUCUCUGAGGUAGAGGCUCUGAUCCUCUCAUAGGGUGUCUGUUGACAUCCUACUCCACUGUGAUGCCUGCUCCUUUGUUGCCGUUAUUGGCUGAUUAGUUUAGCCUGAGAGUUGUUUUUGUGUUCUGGUGUGGGGGGGGUCAUACUGUAUGGAAACAUGUUGUGGUUGUUGUGCUGCUGCUCUCCUGACAAAUCAAAUUUUAUUGGUCACAUACACAUAUUUAGCAGAUGUUGUUGCGGGUGUACUGUUGUGUUCCUAGCGCCGACAGUGCAGUAGUAUCUAACAAUUCAGUUAAUAUCUAACAAGUGAUGGACAAUAACUUGGUUUAGGGUCAAGAGCUCCCUACCGGCCCUCCCCUCUCAAUCUCCCCCUCUCUCAUCAAGUCUUUCACUCUCUAUCCUCUCAUCUCUCCCUCUCAUUCUCUUUCCGUUCUCUCUUCCUCAAUUUCUCUCUCUCUGUCUCUGUCUCUCUGUCUCUGUCUCUCUGUCUCUGUCUCUCUCUCUCUCUCUCUCUCUCUCUCUCUCUCUCUCUCUCUCUCUCUCUCUCUCUCUCCUCUCUCUCUCUCUCUCUCUCUGUCUCUCUCUCUGUCUCUCUCUGUCUCUCUCUGUCUCUCUCUGUCUCUCUCUCUCUCUCUGUCUCUCUCUCUCUCUCUGUCUCUCUCUCUCUCUCUCUCUCUCGCUCGCUGUCUCUCUCUCUCUGUGUGUGUGUGUGUGUGUGUGUGAGAGAGGGUGUUUGACAUUAGGGUUAUUUAAAGCAGUGCAAAUUGGGACAUCUGAAUGCAGAGAGCGAGAUGAUGAUGAGAGAAUGGGAGUAGGAGGGACUUUCUCUCUCCAGCCUGUCUUUUAGGCAUGACUCAUAGGGAACAUAAAGACUGUGUGUAUUGUAUCUAUUCAUAUGUAUUCUGGUUUUAUUUUGGUACAUUUGUCUAUCGUUUUGUAUGUUCUAUUUUUAUAUAAUUGUUUGGGAAUGAGUGAUUGACGAUGAUUGCCAUGUAGCCUGAUGUUUGAGUGUUAUGUACUAGCCUAGCUAGCAGUUAGCAGGGGGAAGCUGAUUGCCUUGAGGUCCAUUAAUCCCUACUGGUAUUGGAUCUGGUGUCUGAGGGGCUUAGGAUCUAGGACGGGGUUCCCCAACUGGCUCUAUUUGGCUCGUGGGUGGUUUUAUUUUGUCCCCUAAGUUUUCUGAGCAACAAAAUUACAUGUUCCGGCCCCCUGACCAUCCGCUCAAUAAAUAAUUGGCCCGCGGCUGAAUCUAGUUGAUCCCUUGUCUAGGAUCUAAACUCAAACACAUCACCCCUCUAUCUCUACUAGGCCUUACUAUACACCCAUGCACACACUGGACACACAUACACCCCCCGCCCCAUUCUGUUUGUACGCAGACGUCAGCUCACCAAUCACCAUUCCUCUGUCAGAGGAGCUGAGGCACAGAUGGAUGUGAUGAUUAGGGUUCUUUUCUGAGAGAGAUGAUGGGGGGAGAAAGGGGUUGAGUGAUGGCAUGAGAAGUAAACAAAACUGGAGGGAGGGAUGGUUUUGGUGAGUGUUUGUUUCCCCCCUCCCUCAUUGUGUCCCUUUAGCUUCCAUUUGCACUUGUGUUCUCCCUCUCACCAGCUUCUCUCUUUCUUCCUCCCUAUGUCGCUCUCUCUCGCUCUGCCUCACACUCUUUUCUUGGUCUCUUUUCCUCUCCCUAAUCUCUCUCCUUUCAUCCUCAACCUACUUUCCUGGUCCUGUGUGUCUCUGUGCUGUUCUGUGCUGUGUGAAGGGACACAAAGCAAAACAAGGACCGACUCUCCAUGCUGCACAGAUCACACUCCACCACUUUCAUCUCUCUCUCAAUUCAAUUCAAUUUAAGGGCUUAAUUGGCAUAGGAAACAUAUGUUAACAUUGCCAAAGCAAGUGAAGUAGAUAGUAAACAAAAGUGAAAUAAACAGUAAACAUUAACAGUAAACAUUACACUCAGAAGUUCCACAAGAAUAAAGACAUUUCAAAUGUCAUAUUAUGUGUAUAUAUAUAUAUACAGUGUUGUAACAAUGUGCAAAUAGUUAAAGUACAAAUGGGAAAAUAAAUAAACAUAAAUAUGGGUUGUAUUUACAAUGGUGUUUGUUCUUCACUGGUUGCCCUUUUCUUGUGGCAACCGGUCACAAAUCUUGCUAAUCUUGCUGCUGUGAUGGCACACUGUGGUUUUUCACCCAGUAGAUAAGGCAGUUUAUCAAAAUUGGGUUUGUUUUGGAAUUCUUUGUGGAUCUCUGUAAUCUGAGGGAAAUAUGUGUCUCUAAUAUGGUCAUACAUUUGGCAGGUUAGGAAGUGCAGCUCAGUUUCCACCUCAUUUUGUGGGCAGUGUGCACAUAGCCUGUCUUCUCUUGAGAGCCAGGUCUGCUUACGGCGGCCUUUCUCAAUAGCAAGGCUAUGCUCACUGAGUCUGUACAUAGUCAAAGCUUUCCUUAAUUUUGGGUCAGUCGCUGUGGUCAGGUAUUCUGCCACUGUGUACUCUCUGUUUAGAGCCAAAUAGCAUUCUAGUUUGCUCAGUUUUUUUGUUAAUUCUUUCCAAUGUGCCAAGUAAUUCUCUUUUUGUUUUCUCAUGAUUUGGUUGGGUCUAAUUGGGUUGUUGUUGUCCUGGGGCUCUGUGGGGUCUGUUUGUGUUUGUGAACAGAGCCCCAGGACCAGCUUACUUAAUAAUAAAUAAAUAAUAUGCUAUUUAGCAGACGCUUUUAUCCAAAGCGACUUACAGUCAUGUGUGCAUACAUUUUUACGUAUGGGUGGUCCCGGGGUCGAACCCACUACCCUGGCGUUACAAGCGCCAUGCUCUACCAAUUGAGCUACAGAGGACCACACUUACUUACUUAGGGGACUCUUCUCCAAGUUCAUCACUUUGUAGGUGAUUGCUUUGUUAUGGAAGGUUUGGGAAUUGCUUCCUUUUCAGUGUAGUCCCCUGUAGCUCAGUUGGUAGAGCAUGGCGCUUGCAACGCCAGGGUUGUGGGUUCGUUUUCCACGGGGGGCCAGUAUGAAAAUGUAUGCACUCACUAACUGUAAGUCACUCUGGAUAAGAGCGUCUGCUAAAUGACUAAAAUGUAAAUAUAAGUGGUUAUAGAAUUUAACGGCUCUUUUCUGGAUUUUGAUAAUUAGUGGGUAUCGGCCUAAUUCUGCUCUGCAUGCAUUAUUUGGUGUUUUUCGUUGUACACAGAGGAUAUUUUUGCAGAAUUCUGCAUGCAGAGUCUCAAUUUGUUGUUGGUGAGUGGACCCCAGACCUCACAACCAUAAAGGGCAAUGGGUUCUAUAACUGAUUCAAGUAUUUUUAGCCAGAUCCUAAUUGGUAGGUCAAAUUUUGUUCCUUUUGAUGGCAUACAGGGCCCUUCUUGCCUUGUCUCUCAGAUCUCGCACUCUCUCUCUCUCUCUCUCUCUCGCUCUCGCUCUCUCUGUCUUGCUCUCUCCUUCUCUCGCGCUCUCUCUCUCUCACUCACACACACACACACACACACACACUCAUUCAUUCACAGUCUUUCAGUCUGUGAAUUGUCUUCCCUGACCGUUCCCCCUUAUUUUCCAGUGUUUGCCCUAGAGCUACUCUCCAUAUUGGCACCAUAAUAGAGAAUAAACACCCACACACUGUAGAUGUGAAGUUCUGUACCAUAGUGCUACAGUCACUGUUGUUCUCAUUCUCACUCCUGGUGCAGAAGGAUAUUGUUUUGGGGAGAAAGAAUACAUGUGAAUAUUUUCCUUUUUCUGCCCCACAAUUUGAAUUUUGAAAGGCAAACAUCCCACGCUCGCCAGUCUAAAAUAAGAAAGAGAGGGUGGGAGCGAGGGAGUAAAUAAUGUGGUCCUCAGCGAGAAUGAAGAGCAGAGUGCUAUUGAGUAGUGCACACACGCAGCCCUGUUCCCCAGAGAAGGGAUCCCUGGGCCUAUUGUGUCUGUGUAGUACAAAUGGAGUGAUAUGUCUGUAGUACAGUCUCUUCUAUUCCAGUGUGGUGUGGUUUUCACUGAAUCUCCCCAUCUAAGGUACAGAACUGUCUCUCUUCCCCCUUCAGGACACAUACGGUAGGACUGAUAGCCAGGAGAAUAACAGUAGCUGCUGUCUCACCCAUCUCCCUUGCUCUCUCUGUCUGUCUCGUUCUCUCUCUCUCUCUCUCUCUCUCUCUCUCUCUCUCUUUCCUUAGUUGAACUUCUGCCCUCCAUGAACUGAAAAUGUUUGUUUUCUUAAAAUACAAUGCGACUUAAGAGUUACCACAUUUAACACGUCCUGUUCUCUGCCUGUGUUUCUUCCUCUAUGGUCUGACCCUGUUCUUACCCGGGUCCUCUCAUUUCCGCCCAGUCUCCAUGGUGAUGGGUAUUCCUACCGUAAAGCGUAAAGUGAAGUCGUACCUGGCCGAGACUCUGCACUCGCUCAUCGACAAGCUCUCACCUGAGGAGAAACUCGACUGUGUCAUCAUCGUCUUCGUUGGAGAGGUGGGGGGAAAAAUUAUCAUACUCUCACGCCAAUGCUCACGUGCACGUUCUCUCACUCACUCACUCACUCACUCUCACAUAUAUAUAUAUAUGUAUGUGUGUGUGUGUGUGUGUGUGUGUGUAUACAGUGGGGAAAAAAAGUAUUUAGUCAGCCACCAAUUGUGCAAGUUCUCCCACUUAAAAAGAUGAGAGAGGCCUGUAAUUUUCAUCAUAGGUACACGUCAACUAUGACAGACAAAUUGAGAUUUUUUAAAAAGAAAAUCACAUUGUAGGAUUUUUAAUGAAUUUAUUUGCAAAUUAUGGUGGAAAAUAAGUAUUUGGUCAAUAACAAAAGUUUCUCAAUUCUUUGUUAUAUACCCUUUGUUGGCAAUGACACAGGUCAAACAUUUUCUCUAAAUCUUCACAAGGUUUUCACACACUGUUGCUGGUAUUGUUGCCCAUUCCUCCAUGCAGAUCUCCUCUAGAGCAGUGAUGUUUUGGGGCUGUCGCUGGGCAACACAGACUUUCAACUCCCUCCAAAGAUUUUCUAUGGGGUUGAGAUCUGGAGACUGGCUAGGCCACUCCAGGACCUUGAAAUGCUUCUUACGAAGCCACUCCUUCGUUGCCCGGGCGGUGUGUUUGGGAUCAUUGUCAUGCUGAAUGACCCAGCCACGUUUCAUCUUCAAUGCCCUUGCUGAUGGAAGGAGGUUUUCACUCAAAAUCUCACGAUACAUGGCCCCAUUCAUUCUUUCCUUUACAUGGAUCAGUCGUCCUGGUCCCUUUGCAGAAAAACAGCCCCAAAGCAUGAUGUUUCCACCCCCAUGCUUCACAGUAGGUAUGGUGUUCUUUUGAUGCAACUCAGCAUUCUUUGUCCUCCAAACACGACGAGUUGAGUUUUUACCAAAAAGUUAUAUUUUGGUUUCAUCUGACCAUAUGACAUUCUCCCAAUCCUCUUCUGGAUCAUCCAAAUGCACUCUAGCAAACUUCAGACGGGCCUGGACAUGUACUGGCUUAAGCAGGGGGACACGUCUGGCACUGCAGGAUUCGAGUCCCUGGCGCCGUAGUGUGUUACUGAUGGUAGGCUUUGUUACUUUGGUCCCAGCUCUCUGCAGGUCAUUCACUAGGUCCCCCCGUGUGGUUCUGGGAUUUUUGCUCACCGUUCUUGUGAUCAUUUUGACCCAACGGGGUGAGAUCUUGCGUGGAGCCCCAGAUCGAGGGAGAUUAUCAGUGGUAUUGUAUGUCUUCCAUUUCCUAAUAAUUGCUCCCACAGUUGAUUUCUUCAAACCAAGCUGCUUACCUAUUGCAGAUUCAGUCUUCCCAGCCUGGUGCAGGUCUACAAUUUUAGUUUCUGGUGUCCUUUGACAGCUCUUUGGUCUUGGCCAUAGUGGAGUUUGGAGUGUGACUGUUUGAGGUUGUGGACAGGUGUCUUUUAUACUGAUAACAAGUUCAAACAGGUGCCAUUAAUACAGGUAACGAGUGGAGGACAGAGGAGCCUCUUAAAGAAGAAGUUACAGGUCUGUGAGAGCCAGAAAUCUUGCUUGUUUGUAGGUGACCAAAUACUUAUUUUCCACCAUAAUUUGCAAAUAAAUUCAUAAAAAAUCAUAAAAUGUGAUUUUCUGGAUUUUUUUUCCUCAAUUUGUCUGUCAUAGUUGACGUGUACCUAUGAUUAAAAUUACAGGCCUCUCUCAUCUUUUUAAGUGGGAGAACUUGCACAAUUGGUGGCUGACUAAAUACUUUUUUCCCCCACUGUAUAUGUGUGUAUAUAUGUGUGUAUGUGUAUAUACAGUUGGAAGUUUACAUACACCUUAGCCAAAUACAUUUAAACUCUGUUUUUCACAAUUCCUGACAUUUAAUCCUGGUAAAAAUUCCCUGUCUUAGGUCAGUUAGGAUCACCACUUUAUUUUAAGAAUGUGAAAUGUCAGAAUAAUAGUAGAGAGAAUUAUUUAUUUCAGCUUUUCUUUCUUUCAUCACAUUCCCAGUGGCUCAGAAGUUUACAUACACUCAAUUAGUAUUUGGUAGCAUUGCCUUUAAAUUGUUUAACUUGGGUCAAACGUUUCGGGUAGCCUUCCACAAGCUUCCCACAAUAAGUUGGGUGAAUUUUGGCCCAUUCCUCCUGACAGAGGUGGUGUAACUGAGUCAGGUUUGUAGGCCUCCUUGCUCGCACAGGCUUUUUCAGUUCUGCCCACACAUUUUCUAUAGGACUGAGGUCAGGGCUUUGUGAUGGCCACUCCAAUACCUUGACUUUGUUGUCCUUAAGCCAUUUUGCCACAACUUUGGAAGUAUGCUUGGGGUCAUUGUCCAUUUGGAAGACCCAUUUGCGACCAAGCUUUAACUUCCUGACUGAUGUCUUGAGAUGAUGCCAUCUAUUUUGUGAAGUGCACCAGUCCCUCCUGCAGCAAAGCACCCUCACAGCAUGAUGCUGUCACCCCCGUGCUUCACGGUUGGGAUGGUGUUCUUCGGCUUGCAAGCAACCCCCUUUUUCCUCCAAACAUAACGAUGGUCAUUAUGGCCAAACAGUUCUAUUUUUGUUUCAUCAGACCAGAGGACAUUUCUCUAAAAAGUACGAUAUUUGUCCCCAUGUGCAGUUGCAAACCGUAGUCUGGCUUUUUUAUGGCGGUUUUGGAGCAGUGGCUUCAUCCUUGCUGAGCGGUCUUUCAGGUUAUGUCGAUAUAGGACUCGUUUUACUGUGGAUAUAGAUACUUUUGUACCUGUUUCCUCCAGAAUCUUCACAAGGUCCUUUGCUGUUGUUCUGGGAUUGAUUUGCACUUUUCGCACCAAAGUACGUUCAUCUCUAGGAGACAGAACGCGUCUCCUUCCUGAGCGGUAUGACUGCUGCGUGGUCCCGUGGUGUUUAUACUUGCGUACUAUUGUUUGUACAGAUGAACGUAGUACCUUCAGGCAUUUGGAAAUUGCUUCUAAGGAUGACCCAGACUUGUGGAGGUCUACAAUUUUUUGGUUGAUUUCUUUUGACAUCUCAUGAUGUCAAGCAAAGAGGCACUGAGUUUGAAGGUAGGCCUUGAAAUACAUCCACAGGUACACCUCCAAUUGACUCAAAUGAUGUCAAUUAGCCUAUCAGAAGCUUCUAAAGCCAUGACAUCAUUUUCUGGAAUUUUCCAAGCUGUUUAAAGGCACAGUCAACUUAGUGUAUGUAAACUUCUGACCCACUGGAAUUGUGAUACAGUGAAUUAUAAGUGAAAUAAUAUCUCUGUAAACAAUUGUUGGAAAAAUUAUUUGUGUCAUGCACAAAGUAGAUGUCCUAACCGACUUGCCAAAACUAUAGUUUGUUAACAAGAAAUUUCUGGAGUGAUUGAAAAACGAGUUUUAAUGACUCCAACCUACGUGUAUGUAAACUUCCGACUUCAACUGUAUAUAUGUGUGUAUGUAUAUAUAUAUAUAUAUAUAUAUAUAUGUGUAUAUGUAUAUGUAUAUACAGUGAGGGGAAAAAAGUAUUUGAUCCCCUGCUGAUUUUGUACGUUUGCCCACUGACAAAGAAAUGAUCCGUCUAUAAUUUUAAUGGUAGGUUUAUUUGAACAGUGAGAGAGAAUAACAACAAAAAAAUCCAGAAAAACGCAUGUCAAAAAUGUUAUAAAUUGAUUUGCAUUUUUAUUUGGGAAAUAAGUAUUUGACCCCCUCUCAAUCAGAAAGAUUUCUGGCUCCCAGGUGUCUUUUAUACAGGUAACGAGCUGAGAUUAGGAGCACACUCUUAAAGGGAGUGCUCCUAAUCUCAGCUUGUUACCUGUAUAAAAGACACCUGUCCACAGAAGCAAUCAAUCAAUCACAUUCGAAACUCUCCACCAUGGCCAAGACCAAAGAGCUCUCCAAGGAUGUCAGGGACAAGAUUGUAGACCUACACAAGGCUGGAAUGGGCUACAAGACCAUCGCCAAACAGCUUGGUGAGAAGGUGACAACAGUUGGUGCGAUUAUUCGCAAAUGGAAGAAACACAAAAUAACUGUCAAUCUCCCUCGGCCUGGGGCUCCAUGCAAGAUCUCACCUCGUGGAGUUGCAAUGAUCAUGAGAAUGGUGAGGAAUCAGCCCAGAACUACACGGGAGGAUCUUGUCAAUGAUCUCAAGGCAGCUGGGACCAUAGUCACCAAGAAAACAAUUGGUGACACACUACGCCGUGAAGGACUGAAAUCCUGCAGCGCCCGCAAGGUCCCCCUGCUCAAGAAAGCACAUAUACAUGCCCGUCUGAAGUUUGCCAAUGAACAUCUGAAUGAUUCAGAGGAGAACUGGGUGAAAGUGUUGUGGUCAGAUGAGACCAAAAUGGAGCUCUUUGGCGUCAACUCAACUCGCCGUGUUUGGAGGAGGAGGAAUGCUGCCUAUGACCCCAAGAACACCAUCCCCACCGUCAAACAUGGAGGUGGAAACAUUAUGCUUUGGGGGUGUUUUUCUGCUAAGGGGACAGGACAACUUCACCGUAUCAAAGGGACGAUGGACGGGGCCAUGUACCGUCAAAUAUUGGGUGAGAACCUCCUUCCCUCAGCCAGGGCAUUGAAAAUGGGUCGUAGAUGGGUAUUCCAGCAUGACAAUGACCCAAAACACAUGGCCAAGGCAAUAAAGGAGUGGCUCAAGAAGAAGCACAUUAAGGUCCUGGAGUGGCCUAGCCAGUCUCCAGACCUUAAUCCCAUAGAAAAUCUGUGGAGGGAGCUGAAGGUUCGAGUUGCCAAACGUCAGCCUUGAAACCUUAAUGACUUGGAGAAGAGUGGGACAAAAUCCCUCCUGAGAUGUGUGCAAACCUGAUGGCCAACUACAAGAAACGUCUGACCUCUGUGAUUGCCAACAAGGGUUUUGCCACCAAGUACUAAGUCAUGUUUUGCAGAGGGGUCAAAUAUUUUUUUUCCCUCAUUAAAAUGCUAAUCAAUUUAUAACAUUUUUGGAUUUUUUUGUUGUUAUUCUGUCUCUCACUAUUCAAAUAAACCUACCAUUAAAAUUAUAGACUGAUCAUGUCUUUGUCAGUGGUACAAAAUCAGCAGGGGAUCAAAUACUUUUUUCCCUCUGUGUGUGUGUGUGUGUGUGUGUGUGUGUAUAUAUAUACACACACACACACACACACACACACACACACACACACACAUUGAAACACACACUGUUUCAUACAAAUAAGAACAUUAUAUUCUGUGUCUCUGCAGACGGAAACUGAAUACGUCCAAAGCGUGGUUACUGGACUGGAGAAAGAGUGAGUGACAUCGCGUCCUGUCUUUGUGAUGACUGUUUCCUGUCUGAUAAUCCCCCUGGCUGUUUAUAGAGGACAGAAGUAGUAUGACAACUUUUGUGUGCGUGCGUGCGUCUAUCCCAGGUUUUCUUCAGAAUUCAGUUCAGGUUUGUUGGAGCUGAUCUCUCCUCCUGCCAGCUACUACCCAGAUCUCAAAGACCUCAAGGAGACCUUCGGAGACUCCAGAGAGCGGGUCAGGUGAAGUAAAAUAUUCAACAUUUGAAUCUGUAAAGAAUCAGAGGAACUUCCUCUCAUCUUCAAUUGGUGACAAACAUUGGCAAACGUUCAAAUAACAGACACACUCCAUCACUUCUGUACAUCUCCAGCCAAUCUCCACUGCUCACACCCCAAAAUGACUUUGUUCUGGUUAUUUGUUGUUGAUGUGCCACGUCCGGUGGGCAUUGCCAAUGACAAUACAGAGAGAAUGAGAGAGGAGAGAGGGAUGAGCUGUAAGGGGUGGGCCAGGCACUCAGUAUUCCACAGGCAUCCCUCAAAGUCAGCUCAAGGUCGACUGCACCCCUCCCUAUCUCCUUCCCUUCUCCCUGCCUCCCCCUUCCCCCUCCCUCCUACAUUGACUGUGCUGUGGAAACCUCUCUCUCUGUGUCUCAAUCGCUCUCUGUCGCUCUCUCUGUUGCUCUCUGUCACCCUCUGUCGCUCUGUCUGUCGCUCUCUGUCUGUCCCUCUGUCGCUCUCUGUCUGUCCCUCUGUCGCUCUCUGUCGCUCUCUGUCUGUCCUCUGUCGCUCUCUGUCUGUCCCUCUGUCGCUCUCUGUCCUGUCGCUCUCUGUCUGUCCCUCUGUCGCUCUCUGUCUGUCCCUCUGUCGCUCUCUCUGUCCCUCUGUCGCUCUCUGUCUGUCCCUCUGUCGCUCUCUGUCUGUCCCUCUGUCGCUCUCUGUCUGUCCCUCUGUCGCUCUCUGUCUGUCGCUCUCGGUCUGUCGCUCUCUGUCUGCCGCAGUCUGUUUCGGUCUUUCUCUGCCGCGGUCUGUCUCUGCCGCGGUCUGUCUCUGCCGCGGUCUGUCUCUGCCGCGGUCUGUCUCUGCCGCGGUCCGUCUCUGUCGCGGUCCAUCGGUCUCUUUGUCUGUCUGUCUGUCUCUCUCUCGCUGGCUCUCUCGCUGUCUGUCUUUCUGGCUUUCUCUCACUCUGUGUGUGGGGGCUGAUAGAGAGCUGAUGUUUUGGAGAGUAAACAAUGUUUGAACUCGGUUAGAUGUGUGCUGCCCUUUGUUAGCGCUUGAUUUAAUUUCUGCUCAUUGAAUAUUUAUGAGAAGCCCCCUGGAAUCCCUGCUGCUGAGGUGGAAUGAAGUACAAUGCAACUCAUUAGUGUGGGUGGCGUGCGUGCGUUUGUGGGUGGCGUGCGUGCGUCCGCCUCCCUGUAUGUGUGUGUAUGCGCGUGUGCUGGUCCCAACACCUGCCGUCAGGCAGUGAUGUGCACACCUGCUCCCUCCAGCCACCACUCAUCAGUCAUUUAGUAACAGGGUUUGAGGAAAGGAUUCAUAAUCGUGUGUUUGUGUGUGUUGUAGAUGGCGGACCAAGCAGAAUCUGGACUAUUCCUUCCUCAUGAUGUAUGCUGUGAGCAAAGGAGUCUACUAUGUCCAGGUGUGUAUGUCCUUGGAACGCACAUUCUGCCCCUAGCCCUACUAAACCUGCGUUCCCGUUGGAAUAUGCCGGCAGGAGCAGUAUGUGUCUGGGGCAGAGCUGUAGUACACCUUGUACCAACACACUUCAGCAUCAUAGGGUUUGUUACCAUGGAAACACUGGUGAGCCAGCAGUUUGGAACAAGGCGUGCCCAAUUUGGACGUGUUCUUUACAUUAAACGAGGCCAGUUGCUAGUCUGUGUGUGUGUUGGUACAAGGUGUACAUACUGUGUCUGCAGCAGAGUUGCAUGCUCUUUCAUCAAGAGUUGGACAGCCCUUUUCUCCUCCUCUUAGUGUAUGUAAAGAUCAGAUAUACUGUACAGGUUGUUCUAUCUGUUAUAUCAACCACCUGCUGCUCCCUCCCUUCCAUUGAUCACAAACAUAUAUAGAUACACUGAGAACACCUUCCUAAUAUUGAGUUGCACCCCCUUUUGCCCUCAGAACAGCCUCAAUUCGUCGGGGCAUGGACUCUACAAGGUGUCGAAAGCGUUCCACCGGGAUGCUGGCCCAUGUUGACUCCAAUGCUUCCCACAGUUGUGUCAAGUCUGCUGGAUGUCCUUUGGGUGGUGGAUCAUUCUCGAUACACACAGGAAACUGUUGAGUGUGAAUCCCAGCAGUGUUGCAGUUCUUGACACACUCGAACCGGUGCACCUGGCACCUACUACCAUACCCCGUUCAAAGGCACAUAAAUAUUUUGUCUUGCCCAUUCACCCUCUGAAUGGCACAAUCCAUGUCUCAAUUGUCUCGAGGCCUAAAAAUCCUUAUUUAACCUGUCUCCUCCCCUUCAUCUACACUGAUUUUAAGUGGAUUUAACAAGUGACAUCAGUAAGGGAUCAUAGCUUUCACCUGGUCAGUCUACGUCAUGGAAAGAGCAGGUGUUCCUAAUGUUUUGUACACUCAGUGUAUAAUGAGCUACCACAUUGGAUCUCAUCUCAUCCUCUAUUAACCCCUUCUCUCGUUCUUUCUUUCCUUCUUUCUAAUUUUGGUUGUUUUCAUCUUCCAUCCUGUGUUGACGUUGUCUCCACUCAGGGGAGGAGUGGGCAGAGGUACUGAAUGCUGUCAUUGACAGUGUGUAGUUCAGUCUACUGUAGGCCGUAGACGACAUUCAGUGCCUAUAGAAAGUAGCUUAGUAAGAGACUUGUGUGGUGUUCCAUGUUGGUCAGCUGUAUGUGUGAUAAGUAGAUGACUAGAUGUGUGAUGGCCGAACCCCUUCAAGCCUAAUCUCACCAGUCACUCCACCCCCUCCCUCUCCACCCCCCUCCCUCUCCACCCCCUCCCUCUCCUCCCAGUUGGAGGAUGACAUUGUGGCCAAGCCCAACUACUUUGCCACCAUGAAGAACUUUGCCCUGCAGCUCUCCUCCGAGGACUGGAUGAUCCUCGAGUUCUCCCAGCUUGGCUUUAUCGGUAACGCACACAUACACACACACACACUCUGGGCAUUUAGCAACCCUCUAACAAGCUAUUAGUCAGCAAUUAAUGGUCCUUAACGAACGGUCACUGAGGCUUAACAAGGAAUCCUUGACCCUUAACGAACACUGACUGUCAGCUAAAAUGAAGGAAAGUCAGAAAGGAGACUUUUUAGAGUUUAAAAAAACGAAGCUAGGUUUGAAUAGCCAGCCCACUGGUUUUCCUCCUCUCUUUCCUCCCUCCUUCCCCUCUUUUUCAACUCUCUCCCCUCAAUCUUGAUUCCCCAUACCCCCCUCUCCUCGAUUCACUCUCUCCUCGAUUCACUCUCCCUCCCCAUCUACCUCUCUCCUUCUCCCUCCUCCUCUCAGGUAAGAUGUUCCAGGCUCCAGAUCUCAAUCUGAUCGUAGAGUUUAUCUUCAUGUUCUAUAAGGAGAAGCCCAUUGAUUGGCUACUGGACCACAUCCUCUGGGUCAAAGUGUGUAACCCGGAGAAAGACGCAGUACGUACACACCCUGUUUGGUUGUUUGUGUAUGUGGGUGGUAUCUUCAACAACUCUCUUGACUCUCUCUCCAUCUACCCUUUCUCCCUACAGAAGCACUGUGAGAGGCAGAAGUCGAGUCUGCGUGUGCGGUUCAGGCCCUCCCUCUUUCAACAUGUGGGGUUGCACUCCUCUCUGGCUGGAAAGAUACAGAAACUCACUGUGGGUCCUAAACCUCUCUCUAUCACACUCCCUCUGGAUCACUCUCCCUGCAUCAGCCUUAGAUCAAAAUUCCUGUACCAUAUGUCUUAAGUACCCCCAAACACCACCCCCAUCUACCCAAAUAUCACCUCAGCCCACCAACUCACGGCCAUCAUACUAGGCCAUGCUGACUUCCCCCUGGUAUGACCACUUCCUGUCGUCUCUGCUGGUGUCUCACUUCCUCUUCCUUUCCCCUUGACUUCCUGUUUAGGAUAAGGACUUCCUGAAACCCCUGCUCCAUAAAAUCCAUGUGAACCCGCCUGCUGAGGUGUCCACAUCUCUCAAGGUACAUCACCCUUAAACCACAACACAACUUUCUAGCUUGGCCUUCUUAUGAGUUGAAAAAUGUCUAUUGUUUUAAAGCCUCAAUAUUGGCUUUUUAUUUCAAUAAGGUAGUAUUCCCAGUAUUAAUGAUUUAAAUGCAUUUCAAAAGUUUGAUUUGUGUAAUUAUUUGAGAAGUGUACUGAGAGGUUUUGAGUGCAUUUAGCUGACAUUGUGCUGUGUAGGUGUACCAGGGCCACACGUUGGAGAAGACCUACCUAGGAGAAGACUUCUUCUGGGCCAUCAACCCUACUGCUGGAGACUACGUCCUCUUCAAGUUCGACAGGCCCGUCAGCAUAGAGAGGUGAGGAGGGAGAGGGAGCUGUGUUUGUGUGCACGCAUGCUUGUGUGUGUAAGUGUGUGCAUUUCUGAGAGGGAAAAGGGAGGUCGUGCCACUCACACACUCUUCCACAAGCUUUAGCGUGCCUGUCUCUCUGGGGCUCAGUGUGUGCUAAUGAGUGUUCUAAAAUAAGAACUCCCGAAACUGCGAGUGAGAUUCAAGGAAAGAAAUAGCGGAAGGGUUUGGAGGGAGAAAGGAAGGGCUAAGAAAGGGAUGUGGAAGAGGAGCUAGAUGAGGGGAUGUGGAUGGGAUAAAUGAGUAAAGAGGCUAUAGAGGUGUUGGAUAAGUCAGGGAGCUUCAGAGUGAUUGACAGAGAGGAGAGGGAGAAAGAGAGAAGAAAAGAGAACAACUCAUCACUCUGUUUCAUGUGUUGUGUUUUUGUUCAUAGCAGUCAGUGACCUCUCUCCAGUGUUGGUGUCUGGGCUUGAUUUGCAUCUAUUAGCCAUGUGAUGUGUGACAAGCUUCAUUAACACCUUAAGUGGAGGGGUGUGUGUGCGCAUGCGCCAUUGCUGCCUCAGGCUUGGUUUAGACUUGUCAGAUGUGUCGUUCCAAAAGCACAGCACAUUGUGUGACAGGACAGUGUUGCUUGUAAGCAUGCAUAUUCAUGAGUGUGCCGUGGGACGUGAAUAUGCAUUAAUAGGUGUUGUGUGAUUGGCAGGUUCCUGUUCCGCAGUGGGAACCAGGAACACCCUGGGGACAGGAUAGAAAACACCACCGUAGAGAUACUGCCCUUCUCGGUAAGACGACAACAUUCAGACAAUGCACAGACAACAUUCAGACAACAUUCAGACAUCGCAAAGACAACAUUCAGACGACAGUGUGCAAUGACACGUAAACAGAGUCAGUAGAUCAGACCCAGCACUUGUUUCUGAUUUGGUUUAUUGACUCAUCACUCAAAAUGUGUAUUGAUUUGGUUAUUGAAAAGAUCAUGAGCAUUGCCUGCUCCAAUCAAUAUCACUGCAUGAGGCGGGAGAUACUAGUUAACAAGGCUCUCUACCUAGUGUAUGCAUAACAUUACGAAAAUAAUCAGAAUAUGUCUGUGUCUGAAGGAAACUGGACCAAAGACCAAAGAGAAGUACAAGCGAACUGAAGACCGCUACUACAGAAUCGGUGAGUGGACAGGCACCAACCCUCUUAUCCUGUUAGCUUUCUUUACUCAGAACACACACACCCUGAUUAGAUUACCCACUCGCAUUGUUCCUGCCACAGACUGAUAAACAAUGUACAAACUGCCUGUCAAAGGUCCUCAAUCACAGCUCCCCCCCCUUUCUCUCCCUAGGUCAGUUUGAGAAGGGUGUGGCGGAGGGGGCUGUAGACACCUCCUUCAACCCAGUGGUGGCGCUGCGUCUCUCUGUUGUCAAAGACUCAGCUGUCUGGGCCAUCCUCAGUGAGGUCAGCCAAUCACACAGCAUCAUCUGUCCUUUUAUCUUUUACCAAAUGUAUCUAUUGUUCUAUGUACCCAAGGUAAUGUUAUCCUGUAUAACGACAGGUGUGUGUGUGACAUGUCUGUGUUCCUCUGUGUCUCUCUGUAGAUCCACAUAAAAAAGCUACCAGGCUGACAUCAGGCGGGGGGCCACAAUCCAGGCCCCCGGCCCCGGGUUGCUCGCAGACGCACCUAAAAUGUACUGACCAGAGGCCCUCUGGCACCUAGCAACCAGCAGAGACGUCCUCAGGCCGCACCAGAGCCACUCCUCUCAGGGCUUCUGUCUGAGGACGCUCUCAUUCAAUCGCUUUAUCUCUCUCUGCUUCUCCUUUCUUCCCUCUCUUUUACCCCUCCAUCUCUUCCUCUUUCUCUCCCACUCUCUCUAUCACUUGCUCUCUAUCUUUUUGCGUGAAUGUGAAUGCUACUGUACAAAAGAGACAGAUAUAAAAUAUCAGAAGGAAUUGGGUGUAUCCUGCAGAAUUCCGUUCCCAACUCUGACUGUCGAGGUAACUGUGUGUUACACAGAGGGCUUGUGACUUGGAGAGACUGACCUGAGGGGCUGAUGUCACCCAGACACUGGUGCAAAGUAGAUGCUCACUACUCCAUGUGCUCUCUACCAUCCCCAUCUCUGGUCUGGUCAGCUGGGGUAUUGCACUGUCACUGGAGCCAUAGUGGAGCCCCCUGCUGGUGACUGAAGAAUGUAUAUCAGCCUCACGGACCUGUUGCUUUUUGUUGUUUUCCACAGGGUUGUGUGUUCUAGCGAAACAGCAAGUAAUAGACAAGUAAGUUGUCAGUCAUCUUAUGGUGGUGGAUAACUGCCUUUGUUCCUUUCUCCUCAGCUCUUCUUCUGAAGGGGAUUACAAUGACUAUGGCAAACGAAGCAGAAAACAAAAUGUGGUUCCCCAUCUUUAAAGUGACAGGUCUGUCAAACUAUAUCUUGAUGAAGAAUGCUCUGGGUAAAAGUAACCCGUAGGCGCAGAUCUAGGGUCAGCUUACCUUGCCCAGGUCCCAGUCCCAACCUUAACCAUUCUAAGGCAAAAACCUGAAACCUACAGUAUAUAUGAUCUGUGUCUGGGACAGUUUCAUCCUAUUCAUUAUUAAAUGAAGAAUCUUGGUGACUGAAGGAAACCAUAUCUAUUGUCAGGCUGAAAGACCUCCAGUGUCCUUUUAGUGGUAAACCAAUCAGACUUUGGCCUUGACUUUGCUUACCUGAAGGGAUAUAUUGCUAUAUUGAUACUAAUAUUAUUAUUACUAUGACGAUGAUCUAUGAAGGUGAAUUAAUUUAUUUGAAAUAAAUCCUUAAUUUGUACAAGAGGUUAAAAGUCAAAACGUCUGUGAAGAGUUUAUAUUACGGUAGUUGAUAUGUGCGUGCAUGCGCUCUUUUUGUUCCGAAAAGGAAUAAUUGUUUUCAGUGCUGCUUUGUGUUUCAUGUUCUCUUGUCUGCUGGUUGGUUCAGAUAGAGGUUGACUCCAAACAGUCUGUUUUUGGAUGACCUUUCCCAGACAGUCAAAGUUAAAAUGAUAAAUGAGAGAUGUCAGAACAGUCCUUAAAGCUAGAACCCUUAAUUGAAACAUUAACGACGUGGACACCCCGCCUCUGUUUUGGUAAAA